AUGCCCGCGGCCCCGCCGCACACGGAGCGCGGCCGCCGCGCCCGCCCGCCCGUGCCGUUCGUGUACGUGAACAGCUUCGGCUCGCACCGCUGCGGCACCGUGAUGCGCCUGGGCCGGGGCUGCCGGCAGAGCCCCGGGCAGAGCCCCCCGGGCCCGGCUGGAGCCCCGAGGGCCGCCCCGGAGCCGCGGGCAGGGCCCAGCUCCGGGCCGGGCGGCAGCGGGAGGCGAGCGGGGAGCGGCGGCGAGGGGAGAGCCGGCAGCCGCACCAGCGGCGGUGACCCUCGAGAGGCUAAGGCUGACACCUUUGACUUUCCCAUCCCUUCAAGAAACGUUGAUAAAGUCAUUAAACGAAAGAAGAAAAAGUCCAAAGUCUGGCACAAAGUCUGGAAAGUGAUUUCAAAAAUGCUUGAAGAAAAUGAAAGGUUCAGAAGUCGACUGUUGACCUGCAGCCAGUUUGAUGGCGAAGGCUCUGACAGGAUCCAGGGGUCACAGAAUGGGGCAUACCUGGACAGGGAUGAGUCCAUCUUUGGCUGGGUGUAGCAAGAAAAUAAAGGAAGAUUCAGUCCCAAAGGAAAUAUAAACAAAGUGAAGGCUUUUAUUUUGAUCUAGUUCUUCCUGGAGUCAGUGCAAGACUGCAAAGUGACUUCAGGGAACACAGGUUCUCUGUUGUUUGCUUGGUGUUUGUGCUUCUGCUGUUUAAGAGGUUUGUUUUUACAGUGGCUUAAACAGCUCUGUUGCAAGAUAUUUAUCUCAAGCCAUUAAGUCUGGUGUUUCACUGAGCUAUUAGUUUUAGAAAGCUUUUUAAUGAGCAUAAUAUUGUGACAGUUUGCUUGCAAAAGAAGAGAUACACAUUUACUGUUGUCUCUGUAUUUAUAUGUUUUAUUUUUGUAGCUUGUCAGAGUAAUAAACGCAAAUUCAGUAAGGCAGAGCUCCACACAAAACAUAAACCCCACUUUCCUUUUUUCCUGAUUUGAAUAAAUUUGACUUUAUGAUAUUAAAAUAUUACACAAUAACCCUCUCUGUUCUUUCAUCCAUUUAAACAUGAAUCUCAGCAAGUAUUUGGAAUAUGAAACCACGUGAAUAUUUUCUGUCUUCUGUUCAUCCUGAGGCACAUAAUGAUACCAUCACAAUCAGGAGGUGUUGUUUAUCCACCUGACUUUAAUAACACAAUAUAAUUUUCUUCUGUUCUGCAGCUUAAUACUUGAACCCUUGAUUGACUGUUAAAGCCUUUUA